AUGUCUAAUUUCUCGGAAAUUAAUAAAUUAAAAAGAAAUAUGAAAAAUUUGAAGGGUUCCUUAAAGUACAGGGACAGAAUACAGAUUGGUGAUUCUGGCGGUUUUAAAAAAGUCCAAAGACGGAACAAUUGGGUGAAGCAUGAAGAAAAAGUACCGAGAGUUGUCAUCGGUUUUCAUUCAGCUAGUGAUUCAAAAAUUAAGGAGAAUAAACCUAUCGUUUUUAAGAUAUUUUUUCACAUAAGCAACGUUCGGAACUGUUCUGCGUCUGAUGUCACUGAGCAUCUAAAGAAAAUAGGAAUCGAGACGUCUUCUUGUUACUCGUUAUUCAAAAGAAAAGAUGAGAAGGCAGAGCUUAAUCAUGAUAAUUUGUCAACGUCUUAUCGACUAUGCGUUCAUCAGAGAUAUUCCAGCUUGGUCAACAGCGAAGAUAUCUGGCCUGAAUACGUAAGGAUCAGAGACUGGUUAUUCAACAACAACCACAACAACAAUAAUGGGCAUGAUAUGAAACCGACAACUAUGUCUGACAAUUAA